AGUAGUAGUUGCCAAGGAACAUUUUUCACCUUAAAUUAUGACAUUUUUGUCAAAGAAAAUUUUAAAAGCCAAUAUUCAUUUUCUAAAUUAAUAUAUUUUUUUAUAAAAAAUGGCUCGCGGCAGUAAUGAAAGCAUACCAUCUUCCAAUGAUAACAAAGAAGAAACCCGAAAAGGAGCAAAAACUCCAGUUAAGUACAAACCGGGAAGAAUAACACGCAAUCCUUUUUUAAACUUUUUAAGAAUCUUUAGAAAGAAUGCCGAGGGUAUGUCAGUGAAGGAUAUAGCAAUUAAAGGAGGAAAUUUGUGGAGAAAAAUGGACCAACAACAGAAGAAAUUAUACCUAGACCAAGCCAAAUUAGCCCCUUAUAGACCUCGAGUCAGGCGACGUAACAGAAGUGCGUCACGAGGCAGAGGAAGAUCGAAAAGUAGAUCAAAGAGUAGAUCUGCAAGUCGAGGGAGUAGAAGAAAGAGAAGGAGAAGCUCGUCUAAGCAGUAGACGAAAAUAGUUGCUAUUUUUUAAAAUUAUCUGUGCAGAAAUUUUGUCCAAAAAUGUCAAAAAUCUUUAAUUGUAUUAGAUUGUUAUUAAUUUUGUAUACAAUUUGGAUUUAAAACGUGUCGUUUGUAAAAUUAUUAUCAUACACAAUGAUUAACUAAAUGGCUUCUUAAAUUUUGUAAUUUGUAAUAUACAUUUCUAAAACAAA